UCCAUGUAACCAUUGGCGGACCAGGAAAAGAGUUCACACGGUUGGACACGUUUGAAAUUCGCAGUCUGCCCGGAGCAGUCAAAACAAAUCCGCCAACCUGUCGAAAUUCACUGUUAAGCGGUAACAGCGCCAGACGUACUUCGGAAAAGUGAGAAUGGCCCAUGGAAUACCAAGUGAGCUACUGAUGAACACAACCCUCAUAAAUGAUUUAGCGGCAGUGGCAAAAGAUGCAGCGCUUUUACAGGGAGUCCUCAUGAGGAUUAAAGAUUCCCCAAACUCAUCAGAGGUGGUGUCUUAUGCCCCCUUCACGCUCUUCCCCUCACCCGUGCCAAAAGCUUUUUUCCUCCAAGCCAUGGCCGUGCAACCUCACUACAACACACUGGUAGAUAAGAUCAGCCAGGAUCCCGACUUCCUGCAAGAAUCCCUUGCUAGCACCAUUGCUGUGGAUGAUUUCACGGCAAGGUUGUUCAAGAUCCACCAGCUGGUCCUUAAAGAUGGAAGAUUGCAGUCAAUUGUGUUGGGCCUGAAUCGAUCAGACUACAUGCUGGACCAGAAGGAGGAUGGACCCAUGUCUCUGAAACAAAUUGAGAUAAACACCAUUGCUGCUAGUUUUGGAGGCCUCUCCUCACGCAUGCCUGAUGUACACCGACACAUACUACAAGUGGCUGGCCAGGUGGAAGUGAGCCAGAGAAUCCUUGACAACAACCCUGCGUUUGGUUUGGCCAAGGCUGUGGCCAAGGCCUGGGAGCUCUAUGGAUCAAAGCGAGCGGUUGUCAUGUUCUUGGUGGAGGAGAAUCAGAGGAAUGUCUUGGACCAACGAUUUAUUGAGAAUGAGUUGUGGAAAAGAAAUAUUGUCACCAUACGAAAGCGUUUUGAGGACGUCUCUGAAUCCGGAAAACUUGACCAGGACAAGAGACUGUUUGUUGACUGUCAAGAAGUUGCAGUGGUGUACUUCAGGAAUGGUUAUAUGCCUCACAACUACAAGUCUGAAAAGGACUGGGACGCUCGCCUGAUGAUGGAGUGCUCUUUGGCUGUGAAGUGUCCAGAUAUCGGCACCCACCUGGCUGGAACUAAGAAGGUCCAGCAGGUGCUUGCUAAGCCCGGUGUUCUGGAACGUUUCUUCCCGGAUCAGCCACAAGUAGUGGAGCAAGUCAGGGCCACCUUUGCUGGGCUCUAUACCCUCGACAUGGGAGCAGAAGGCGACAAAACAAUUGCAAUGGCUUUAGCAACACCAGACCGAUUUGUCCUGAAGCCUCAGCGAGAAGGAGGAGGGAACAACAUUUACGGGAAAGAGAUCUGUGAGGUUUUGGACAAAGUGAGGAACGGUGCAGAUAGAAUGGCUUAUAUUCUGAUGGAUAGGAUCCAGCCUGUUCCUACACAGAACUACCUGCUGAGAAGAGGCUUGCCCCUCAAAAUCAGUAAUUGUCUGAGUGAGCUGGGCUUCUUUGGUGCCUACGUAAGGCAAGGUGAAGACAUGGUGAUGAAUGAUUGUGUGGGCCAUCUUCUGAGGACCAAGAGUUCAGAACACUUUGAUGGUGGUGUAGCUGCAGGAGUCGCAGUGUUGGACAACCCGUUGCUUUUCUGAGAAUGUACAGUUGUAUGUGGGCUACAAUACAGUGGGUACGUAACAUAUUCAGACCCCUUUUACUAAAUUUUACUGUUAAAUUGCAGCCAUUUGCUAAUUUUCUUCUCAAUGUACACAGCACCCCAUAUUGACACAAAAAGUAGACAUUUUUCAUAUACCCUUUGUUUAGUUUUUAAUAGAUGCACCCUUUUGAGCUAAUGCAGCCAUGAGUCUUUUUGGAAACGAUGCAACUUGUUUUUAACACCUGGAUUUAGGUAUCAUCUGCCAUUCCUCCUUGCAGAUCCUUUCCAAUUCGAUUAGGCUGGAUGGAUGGUGAAUGUUGUUGGACAGCCAUUCCAGGUCUCUCCAGAGAUGCUCAAUUUGGUUUAAGUCAGGGUGCUGGCUGAGCCUUUCAAGACCAUCAUCCAUGCAUUUUCUUAGCCUCUUAUCCUCACGAGGGUCGCAGGAGUGCUGGAGCGUUUCCUAGCUGUUAAUGGGCAGGAGGCAGGGUACAUUCUGAACUGGCUGCCAGCCAAUCGCAGGGCACGUGGAGACAAACGGCCACACUCGCAAUCACACCUAGGGGCAAUUUAGAGUGUCCAAAUAAUGUUGCAUGUUUUUGGGACGUGGGAGGAAACCGGAGUGCCUGGAGAAAACCCACGCAGGCACGGGGAGAACAUGCAAACUCCACACGGGCAGGUCCGGGAUCGAACCCAGGACCUCAGAACUGUGAGGCCAACGAUUUCCGGCUGAUCCACUGUGCUGCCCAUUCACAAACAGUGAAGGAGUUAUUCUGAAGCCACUUUCUUAUCUGAGCCGUGUGCUUAAAGUCAUUGUCUUGUUGGAAGGUGAUUUUUUUUAUUUUAUUUUUAUUUUUUUUAUUUUAACCAGAUCCGUGCCUUCCCACAUUUCUGUCUUUGAGCUCUUCAGGCAGUUCCUUUGACCUCGUGAUUCUUAUUUCAUUUUUCGUCCUAUAUAGACAGGGGUGUGGCGUUCCUAAUCAAGGCCAAUCAGUAUGCUAGCAUCAUGCUUUGGGGGUGUUUUUCUGCACAUGGGACAGGACGACUGCACUGUAUUAAGGAGAGGAUGACUGCGGCCAUGUAUUGUGAGAUUUUGGGGAACGACCUCUUUCUCUCAGUCAGAGCAUUGAAGAUGGGUUGUGGCUGGGUCUUUCAACCUGACAAUGACCCAGAGCACACAGCCAGGAAAACCACGAAGUGGCUCCAUAAGAAGCAUAUCUUGGUUCUGGCGUGGCGUAGCCAUUCUCCAGGCCUAAACCCAAUAGAAAAUCUGUUGACAUGCACCUACGAUGAAAAUUUCAGAUCCCUCCAUGAUUUCUAAAUGGGAGAACUUGCAAUAUAGCAGGGUGUUCAAAUACUUAUUUUCUUCACUGCAUCGUUGUCUGACAUUUCAGCUUUUGUUUUUAAGUAAAUCUAGAAAAAAAUUUCAUAAUUCGAUUUUUUAAUGUCAAUAUGGGUGCCGUGUGGAAAGUCUGUUAAUGAGGAAAGAAAGGAACUUAAAUGUCUGGAGUAAAUGGCUGCAAUAUAACAAAGUGAAAAAUUCAAAGGAGUGAAUACUUUCUGUACGCAUUUAAGAAGUUUUUUACAUUUGUUUUAAUCAUAGUUUCCACUUUUACCUCAUGCAAAUCCAUGUUGAGACAAAAUGAUGUCAAGCUCGAGGCAAUGCUCAAAACUUACAAUUUAAUAUUAAUCAACAUUCCUGAUAGCUGUGAUUCAUUUUGCAUUUGUUUUUCAUUUGUUGAAUUGGUAUCUUCAAAUGACAAAGUGGCAAAAGACUUAAACGGUUAUGCCACAGAUUAAUGAAAUUGUUAAAAGUUAUUUGUGUUUCAACUUUUGGAAUAUGUUCACAAUGUUUCAUAUUUCCAUUUACUUUGAUUCAUAUUUUGAAUAUUGACUUAGUGAGAGUUUUGAAUACAGUCCUGUUUUUUAAGUAAUUUGGCACAAUUUCAUCCGUUUGAUGUGCAAUACUUUGAAACUGAAUCAUUAUUAUUUUUACUUUCCUCCUAUAUUUGAACACUGUCAAUUCAAGUUGUCCACAAUGUUCCAGUGGCCUAAAUUAUGAAAUACUUUUUAAGGAUGAAACCAGUCUAAUUUUUGAUUAACACUCAGGACCACUCAUGGUUGUACUUGCAGAGCUGUUUACUUGGUGUAAACUGAUUAAAAAACACCUCUGGUCUAAAUUAAAUUAGACGUUACAAGAAUUCCACAUUUAAUUGGCACUUAAUUGAGCUAUACCCAGUGUGCAUACACACAUCUAUAUCUACUUCUAGAUACAUUUUUGUUUUUCAAUAAUCCUCACCAGAGUCAUAACUGUGCUUGGAGCUUAAGCCAGUUACCUUGAGGCGAGAGGCAUGGUAAACCCUAAACUGGUCACCAGACAAUCAUAGGGCAGAUCUAACCAAACAAUCAUUUGCACUCACAUUCACAUCGACCAGCAAUUCAGAAUCUCCAAUUAAUCUACUGUGGCUGUUUUUGGGAUGUGGGAGGUAAACCAGAGUGGUUAAAUAAAACCUAUGCAGGCAUGGGGAGAAUGUGCAAACUCCACACAGGCGGGGCUGGGAUUUGAACCCCAACGCUCAGAACCGCAAGGCAGAUGUGCUAAACGGUGACCAUCGUGUGUGUGUGUGUGUCUCUGUCUCUUUUUCUGUCUCUCUUCGUCUCCACUCAAAACGUUCAGAAUUUAUCUGUAGUUUAUUCUUGAUUUUCAAAGAAGAGUCUGUGCAAUAUUGCUGCAAAGUUGCAGUGUCUUAGAACUUUCAGGCAGCCAGCUUCUGCUGCGUUGACUGCGGCUCCCGUACAAACCAGUGUACUUUUGUAAGUCUCCAUUUUAUUUUGUUGUACAUUUAAAGGUUAGACAAUCCUUUAUUCAUCCCACAAAGUUUGUCAAUGUGCUGUCUGCCAUUUUGCCACUACCACUAUUGACCCUUUCUCAUCUAUCGGAACAGAAACCGUCACGGAUCAAGUAUUGGCCCUACUUGGUCUAACAGACCUCAUAAUGUUGAACCACUUACUUUCACACCUGAUCAAAACCAUUAACCACCAUGUUGAACAAAGUUCUGUGCUAUAGUCAUAACCAACAAUCCCACUUUGUUUGUGAAAAGCCAAUUUAAUAGCUUAGUUUAAAAAAACAAAAAAAAAAGUAAAUUUCCUUUAGUCUAUGUCCUCCAGGCAUGUUGAAACAACAAAAAGCUUCUUUAGCACACUAUUUACUGUAUGUGUUGUUACCAAAUCAUUGUCUUUACUGGCUCUGGGUGAUAGAAUUCAUGUUGACCUUGAUCAUUGUGUGAAUCAUUUAAAAAAACAGUACUGUAUGCUCACCUUGUGGGACUCUUAUGUUCCUGCCGCAUUUAUCAAGGAUGCAAACUGUUUUUAGUGGGGUACACAAACACAAUCAGGUUAAAUUUGAGCAUUGUCCCCUCCCUUGCAAUCUUACUCAGCAAUCCCAUUCUCAGAUCUCUAAAAGUUAAUCAUGUGUAACUGUCCGGGGCUAUUAUACUUGGUUGUUGUUGUUGUUGUUGUUGUUGGUACCCCCAACUCGAGGCAAGAUGUUAAAAAUAGUAGCUCAUUUCAAGGUUGCUUCCAUGAGAGUGAACACUGACUACAGUUUUCUUCAAGACCAAAUGACGGGCUAGUUAGUGCCUUUGAGAAAACAUUAAACUGGACCUUUUCAUUUGUGUCAUAAUUUGGACCAAGUAAGGAUUGAGGAGGAUACUGUAGAUGUAAUGAAAAUAAAAACGAUUUGUAAACUUG